UCGAUUAUUUUUGAAACUGUGGCUAUUUUUGAAUGACCACUUGUAAAUCUGGUUAUUUUUGAAUUUCUCCCUCUAAUAGCUCAUUAUAGACUGCCAAAGGCCAGCCCAAAUAAUAAGGUUAGAGUUGGAAACCACCCAGCGUAAACCCAUUUAAGCGAUGCCCGUUUCAAUACCAUAAACUAGAUAGCAUUUCCUGGUAAAAAGUGCAGAUAUACUCAUUUUUUGGAUCAUUAUUGAACUUAUACUAGCAUUGCAAAAUUUUUAAAUUUUACCCACUUUGGAGCACACUUCAUAUGUCGCGUAUGAAGUUCCAAAAAUUAGGAAAUUCAGGUAAUUUUUGCGUCUGGAGUUCUCCUCGUAACAGUGCAAACUUUAGACGCAAUGUUAAAAUUUUCAAUUAAUGUUCGCUCUAAAGUUCUUUCCUCGGGGCGGAGGAGGAGGAUGGGGAGUCAGCUGGUGUGAAGUUAUCUUACUUUGAGUACCAAUUGAUUUUUUUUAGAGUUAGUAAACGUUAAAUAGGGGCAACUAAAUUGGAUGUCCCGUGAAAUUUUUAUAGGGAAAAAGGUGUUUGAAGAAAUUUCUCUUAUUGGCUAUCCCGUUAAAUUUUAACAAAUAUAGAUAUCCUCAAACUUGUGCUCUUCCUCCUCUUUUUUUCCCUCCUUCUUUUCCGUCUUCUUCACAUAUAUUGUGAAAACUUGAAGACUCAUUGCUUAUUUGUUGUCAAUUUGGUGAAGAAACUUGAACAUUAUUAUUAGAUUUUUUGAGCUUAACUGUUGAAGAAGAAAGCGUAAGUUUAUUGCUAUUUGAAGGUCUAGGUUGAAUCCAACCAUUGGAAAUGUUAGGAUUAGUAAUAGAAUAUUGAAUAGCAAAUUUGGAAUUGAUCUGGACCAAUUGGAUCAAUUUUGAAGCAAAGCGUGCUGGUAAAAUUUCUUAGAAACUUCUUGUGAUUCGUUAGGAAUUGUGAGCAAUUUGUCCCAAAUUUACGAACUCUGGCUGAUCCAUCAGAUUUUGUGAAUAAUUUAUUUUAAAGUUACGAUACAAUUUAUACUAAACUACUGAUGAAUUGUCAGGCCUUAUGGCAAGUCCAUCUAUUAGAAAAUCCUGCUGAUUCACUAGGACAUUUUGUUCAAAAGUUUCACUACUAGAAAUUCGGUCAAAAUCGGCCGCUAGCGACCAACUUCGAUCGGUCAAAAAACCAAUUGUCAGUUUUUCAAAAUAUUUUAUUUUUUAAAUUUUUUUAUGAAUCCAACCAACUCCUUUCGGUGUUUUUACUGCAAAAUACCGGAAACUAUAUUUUGCGCCUCGCAAAAUUUAUUUUUCAAGAAAACGACCAACUUUGAUCAGCUUUUCAUUUAAAAUAAAUCAAAAUUAAUAUUCAAAAAACCGAUCAAAAUCGGUCAGUUAUUUCGGUCGGUCAUUUUAAAAUACCAAUCAAUUUCAAUCGAUAAUUUUAUUUUUUUAGUAAAACUUGAUCGUUUAUGAAAUUUAAUUGAGUUGAUCGAAAUAGGUGGGAGAAUACCAACCGAAAUAGCUCAUUUCGCGUUGCAUCGAUAUUUCCUUUAGAUAGUUAGUCCUUAAAGGGAAUGUGAACAUGGUGACUAAACAGAAGUUAGAGUACUCUUUUUUCCUCUUCAUUUCUUCACUUUCGGUUCAACCAACUCAAUUUAGAAACCUAAGGUCCUACACUCAAUCUAAACUCAAAUCAUUUUAUCCCCACAUUGCUCAAAUCUCAAUUUUUCCAAUCUCCCUUUUCCUUAUACUAAUAUUUUAACUAUAUCUUGACUUGCUUAAAAGGUAGUAGUUGGAAUUUGACGUCAGCUAAUAGUAAGACUUGCAUAUAUUGUUGUUUGCUUCUACAUAAUGCAAUUACUAUGUUCUACUUUCACACCUGAAUUUCUGUAUUUUCUAUCAUUUUAACUUGACUUCACGACUCAGGCUUUUCUAUUGUUGGUGUUAAGUUAAUACAGAAGUUUUCGUGUAUCAACACAAAUAUUCAUGGUUUGCUUGUCAACAUUCAAUCUUUCGGCAUUUCAUUUGGGUACAUAGGAUAUGUGACUUAAAAGGAUAAAUUAGAUAAAACGGACUUUUAAGUAGAGAGGAAUGACUAUAAAGAUUCAUAAAGUCGAACCCAUAUGUAAUUGAUUGACUGUUAUAUGAUCGAAUGUAUAACUUCUUCUACGGAAACCUUAUAGGAUUUAAGUUAUAUGGACUACAACACUGGUAGUGUAAAAAAAAAAAAAUACACUGUAUACUAGGUUAUUUACCAUUUAAUUUAGGUUAUCGAUCAAUACUUAGAUAAUAUAGUUACUUGUAAUUACCUUUUAAAUGACAUGAUGAUUUAAAUAUUUCUUACACUCUCAGUGCAUAAAAUUUAAACUCAUCUCCAUGACUUCACAAUAACAUUUUAACACGUCCCAAUUUGAUGUAUUACUUGGCCUUAAAGACUUAACAAAGACAGGGUAUGUAACAACAACCUAAAGUGGUCAGAAAAGAAAUAUAACAACCCAAUCAUCGCAUUAUAGUGGACUAGAGUCAAGUCAAUAAUAACUGUACAAAGUCGUCUGAUUGACCUAAAGGCCAGUGGAUGGGGACCACAUUUUUUUUAUAGUUGCUUCAAGUUAUAAAACAUAGGUUGUCUUCAUUGGGCAAAAUAAUCAGACAAAACGAAAGACAAGUUUGAAUAUUUGAUUUAUAUAAGAUAUAUUACACCAAUUGCUUACAACUAUAAUCCUAAUGCUUUCCUCUAUACCAAAAUAUAUUGUUCUGUUCCUCCUCCCUCCUUUGUUCUUUCUUCUUGUUUUAGACAUAACAUGAACCUUCAAAGCCUAUUCAUGGUCAAGAAAUCUGUUUCUGUUCUUGUCAUUGCUAUUCUUUUCAUUACCUUAGCAGAUGACACUCUCUCUAUAUACCUCAAUUCUAGUGCUUGUAUUACACAUAGUUGUGGUAAUGGAGUUAAGAUAUCAUACCCCUUUUGGAUUCCUGAGAAACAACCACCUUAUUGUGGCUUACCAGCUUAUAAUGUCACCUGCAAUAAGGAUAAGCCCUUUCUUCAUAUUUCUGGUGAUGAAUUUAUCAUUAAGGAAGUAGUUUAUACAAACAACUCAAUUCUCCUAGCUAAAGCAGAUGUGUUUGAUGAAGAUAACAAAUGUCCAGUACCAACACAUAAUUUUAGCCUCAGGGGCACUCCGUUUCGCUCAGGGCCUAACACUGCAGAUCUCUUCUUCUUCUAUGACUGUACUCAACCUUAUGAAAGGGAGACAUAUGCUGUGAUUUGUGCUAGCAAUGCCACUCAUCAUUCUUUUGCUGUUUUUCAUACUGAGCUUUUGGAGCACUAUAACUAUUCAGUCGAAUCGUGUCAGGAUCCUGUUUACGCCCUUGUUGAGACUGACUCUCUAGAUAGAUUGCUAAAAAUGAAUUACAUGCAAGUUCUGCAAAAGGGAUUCUUUCUACAAUGGGAUGGGACUAAUUGUAGAGCUUGCCAGCAUAGUGGAGGGCACUGUGGUGUUCAAAAUAAUGAAUUUAUUUGCAUUUGCAAAGACCAACCCCAACAAAGAACUUGCCUUCAUGGAAGAAACAAAAUCGGAUUGAAGGUUGGCAUAGGAGUUGGUGCAGCUGCGUCUACCGCUUUGAUGGCAGGUGUAAUUUUCUUUAUCUAUCGUUGUAGACAGAAGAAAAUUUAUGCUGGUUCAUCGUUGUUCUCCACAAGCAUUCUUUCGUAUCCCUCCUCAAUAAAAGACCCCGAAAAGGCUACUACCUUAAUCGGAGUUCACCUCUUUGAUUACAAUGAACUAGAUGAAGCCACUAACAAUUUUGAUUCCAAGAAAGAGCUUGGAGAUGGUGGAUAUGGCACAGUAUACAAAGGUAAACUUCGAGAUGGGCGUGUAGUUGCUGUAAAACGUUUAUAUGAAAACAACUGCAAGAGGGUUGAGCAAUUCAUGAACGAAAUUGAUAUCUUAACACGGUUGCAUCAUCCAAACCUAGUCACCCUUUACGGAUGCACAUCUCGCCAUUCCAGGGAGCUUCUACUUGUUUACGAAUACAUUCCCAAUGGAACAGUUUCUGAUCAUUUACAUGGUGUACAUUCAAAGCCUGGAUCGCUUUCAUGGAAUACACGAAUGAAGAUUUCCAUAGAAACAGCAAGUGCAUUAGCCUAUCUCCAUGCUUCAGAUGUCAUUCACCGAGAUGUAAAAACUAACAAUAUCCUCUUAGACAACAAUUUCUGUGUUAAAGUAGCAGAUUUUGGCUUGUCUCGGCUUUUCCCAACGGAUGUUACUCACGUCUCAACAGCUCCACAGGGUACUCCUGGAUAUGUUGAUCCCGAGUACCACGAGUGCUAUCAGCUCACUGACAAAAGUGAUGUUUAUAGUUUCGGAGUGGUUCUAAUUGAGCUUAUAUCAUCACUGCCUGCUGUUGAUAUCUGUAGGCACCGGCAUGAAAUAAAUUUGUCGAAUAUGGCCAUUAACAAGAUUCAAGGCAAUGCAUUACAUGAGUUGGUGGAUUCAAAUCUUGGGUUUGACACUGAUGACAAAGUAAGGUCGAUGAUUACUGCAGUGGCGGAGUUGGCAUUUCAGUGUCUACAGAGUGAUAGGGAAUUGAGACCAUCUAUGCAGGAAGUCGUGGAGGCGCUGAUGAGAAUUCAGAGAAUUAAUAAAACAACAGGGAAAACAGAUAAGGAAUGUCCUGAUGAUGAUACAGGGUUGUUGAAUAGUAUCACGUUAUUAGUAUCACCUGAUUCGGUUACUACAAAAUGGAGCAGCAGUCCAACGACACCCAACUCCUAGUUUUUGCUCACAUUGCAAGUUUUCUGCUGUUCUCUAGGGUGGUACUUGAGCACCUGCUAUGUUGGUUGCCAAACCUGAAUUUCAUAAGCUUUGAUUAACUUGAUUUUCGGCAUGAAGGAGGAUGUAAAUAUUUCAAUGCAGCUUGUUUAAUUUGACAAUUCUUAUUCGAUUUCAUCUUCUCAAGUCUGCUGAUUCAUUUUGUAGCUUGCAAUAGAAGAUUAAGAUUAAGUUUUACAAGAGCGUUUAGUCAAGAGUAUAUUAUCUGCAUAGACCAUAGUGUAGUAGACCUACUUGACUGAUUUUGAACAUAAAAUAAAAGUUUACUGCUA